AGCGCGCCCUUUCCACCCGGUUUUCUCCCUCCUCGCCUGGCCGGGCUAUGGCUGCUUCCCGCGCCGGUCGGCAGCCGAAAAAUGAUGGCUAUCGAACCUUGCCCUUGUCUGGGCACGUUGGUUUUGGCAGUUUACCUGAUCAACUGGUUAAAAAAUCCAUCAAGCAGGGCUUCUGCUUCAACAUUCUUUGCAUUGGGGAAACUGGAAGUGGGAAAUCAACCUUGAUGAACAGUUUGUUUAACACCACUUUUGAUGACCCUGUGUCAUCGCAUUUUCUGCCAAGUGUAAAACUUAGAGCCCAGACUUACGAACUCCAGGAAGCCAAUGUUCUCUUGAAGCUGACCAUUGUAAAUACGCUGGGAUUUGGUGACCAGAUAAACAAAGAAAAUAGCUAUCAGCCGAUAGUGGAUUAUAUAGAUGCACAAUUUGAAGCCUAUCUCCAGGAAGAACUGAAAAUUAAACGUUCUUUAUUUAGCUACCAUGAUACUCGCAUCCAUGUCUGCCUCUAUUUCAUUUCACCUACAGGCCAUUCCCUAAAAACCCUAGAUUUGUUAGCCAUGAAAAGCCUAGACAGCAAGGUAAACAUUAUACCAAUUAUAGGCAAAGCAGACAGCAUUUCUAAAACCGAGCUACAGAAGUUCAAGAACAAAAUAAUGAGUGAAUUAGUUAGUAAUGGUGUCCAGAUAUACCAGUUUCCAACUGAUGAUGAAACCAUUUCUAAAAUUAAUACCAUCAUGAAUGGGCACUUGCCAUUUGCCGUAGUAGGAAGUACAGAAGAGGUGAGAAUUGGAAACAAAAUGGUGAGAGCUCGCCAGCACCCUUGGGGCAUUGUACAAGUGGAAAAUGAGAACCACUGUGACUUCGUAAAGCUUCGUGAGAUGCUUAUUUGCACAAAUAUGGAAGACUUAAGAGAGCAGACUCAUGCACGACAUUAUGAGUUGUACAGGCGCUGCAGACUGGAAGAGAUGGGCUUCAGAGAUGUUGGUCCUGAGAACAAACCAGUCAGUCUACAGGAAGCCUAUGAGGCAAAGAGGCACGAGUUCUACCUUGAACUGCAAAGAAAGGAGGAGGAGAUGAGACAACAGUUUGUACAGAGAGUGAAGGAGAAAGAAGCUAUAUUGAAAGAAGCAGAGCAAAAGGUACACACUAAAUUUGAAGAACGUAUGCUAGCGCUUCAAGAAGUGAAACUAAAAUUGGAGAAAAAGAAAAAAGUUCUAGAAGAUGAAAUAACAAUGUUUAUUGAGAAGAAAGCUAAUGCUGAAGUACUCCAGUCGCAAGCAUCUGUCUCUACCCCGCUUCUUAGUUUGAAGAAAGACAAGGACCGCAAAAAGAACCCAGGUUUUCGACUUGAACUCCUGUGCUUUGAUGUCAGAGAUGAAGACAUGAAUGUUCAGGAAAAGAGGGAGAGGGAGAAAUUAGAGAGGGAGAAAAGAUCACCCAAGAAAUUCCAGAAAUAGUACUUGAUUACAGCAAUCAGGUUUUGAAUGUAGGCUUUACAUCAUACUGAUGACAGAAGAAACAAUAUUGGUAAUUUCUCUUAAGGAAGCGAGGAUUUGAUGUGUGCUAUUGGAGGUAUAGGAGUUGCAGUUUCUUACUGAAGGAUUUGGAAAACAUCUCUUGUUGCUGCGUGCUGCAAAAGAAGAGUUUUGAAGUAUGAUCUGUACACACACGGUGCAGCAAUUACUGUCAUUGCCAUCACGGACUGUUUGUUACGAGUCUGCCUUGAUAUGUAUUUGCCUUACAUAUGUGUGGCCAGCUUGCUUUCCUUUUAAGUGCACUGUACCAAAGAAAAUGUCCCUGCCAUAAACAGUUCCACUCAUUAUAUGAACGCUGUAGCACAAAAGUAUUCAGUGAAUAUGUACUUUCAGUGAAUAUAACCUUUCUGAGAGCAAUUUUCAUAUGGUAUAUUAGUCUACUAAAUAUUCUUUAAUACAGCUGUUGACAUAAUUCAACAUUUACUUGCUUUUAUGUACAGGCACUGUCCUCAUUUUCAGAUACGAUCAUUCUAAUCAAAAUUUAUUGAGGUAUUUUGCAGUGCUGUACUGUUGCAUGACAAUUUAUCUGACAUUACUGACUUAAUAUGGAAAGUACCUAUAACUUUUUGAUGCUUGUGACUGUCGUAUUCAGUUACAGCAGAGGAUGAACUUUAAAAAAUAACUGCAAGAACUUCAGGUUAAAACAAGUUUAAAAUGUUUUUUAUCUUUUCAGUAGCCAUGGUAACUAAUGGGAAACUGUAAGAAGUACAGUUCCCUGAAGCUGUUUUGUGCGACUCUUCAAAAAUUAAAUACUAACUUGAUAGAAAUAAAAUACAUUGGUUUUGCUUAAGGUU